UGACAUUAUCUGUCAAAGUUACUGGUUAUUUAUGGUUAUUUUAUUUUUAAUGAAUUGCGAACUGUAAUGAAGUUAAAUAAUCGUAAUCGUGUGUAAUUUUGAGAAUAAAGAUUGAUUCAAUUUAAAACAAAAUGGUUUUAGAUGGUAUGUAAUUUUCGCAAAUGCAGAAGAUCCUUAACCAGCCACGCGUGGGUUACGACGUGUUCGCAUGCUUUUUGCGUCGAACAUGGCCAACGGGAAUUCAAAAGGAAUGCGGAAAAUUCCCUAAUAUGUCCCGCGUGUGGGAGUGAACUGCGCGACGAAUUCGACGUUAUCCAAGCUGAUCUUAAACCAAGUGAGACAUUUAAAUCAAUUGUAUUAGCAGGUCUGAAACCUGAUACAAUCAUGGAUGUGGCUAUGCGAGCGAUGUCUUUCUGGUCAUAUCAAGUCGAACAAGAGACAUUAUAUCAAGAAGACCUAGCAAAACAUGCUAAAGAAAAACUUGAUUGUCUUGAAGAAGUGAACACUCUUAAUGUUCAGAAGCUAAAAGUAGAAUUAGAAACAUGUAAACGUAAAAUUAAUUCGAUGCAAACUGAUUUUAAUAAGAAAAAGAAGCAAUUAGAGGAACUCACGGCACGUUUAGAAGAAAAAACGAGACAAAUACAGAAGUUAACAUUUCAAAUCGGUGCCCAGAAGAGGAAAGACUUUUGUUUACCGAAUUUCGAAGAUAAAAAUGACCACAAUAAUCAGGAGAAAUGUUUCAAUAUAAACGGUUUGAUCGGUAAACGAGCAGCAUCAGAAGCUUUUGUAUUUAGACCUACGAAAGAAACUGACAAUUCGCACAGAAUAUGUUCGCCAAAAACUCCUGUUUUCGAUUUCAGGAAUAAAAGUAAAAGGCAAGCAUUUCAGUUUAAACCUUUACAUUCAUAAUGAAUAAAUAUUUUACCUAUGCAUGCGACCAACAAUAUAA